GUGCGUUUUCCCGAUGCCAGCGACUGCAGCAGCCUCUCCCGUGCCGAUGAGUACGCAGCAGUCAUCUGCCGACUGUUUCCGUCUGAGUCUCAACCUGUUCGCGUCAUGCACCACCCCUCGCUCCUCGGCGGCAGAUCCGUCGCGCUUCCGCGGCGGCAUGCAUGUGGAGCUCUACGAGGAGACCUUCCACGACAGACACCCGCGCGACACCGUCACCCACAUCACCCUCGCUGACCUGGACCGGCCGCAGAGCGAACUCGGCGACUUCGACAUGUACAGCGACGACGGCCUCUCCAUCGACUGCACGGCGUCCCACCUUGACGGCACCAACGCGUCCGAGGACUCGGUGCGGGUCAUGAAGAGCGUCGGCCGGCCGGUGGUGGGGGCCACCGCUCGGUGCCACUCGGUGACCUUCCACCCUCGCACGCCCUACCCAAGCGAGUGGGCGGACUUCGUGUUUGAGAAUGUGGCGGUGCCGCGGCGUGAGUGGCCGGUGGUGCUGCCCCGCCGCACCCAGUCGCGAUCGGAGCUGUCGGAGGUGGAUGUGGACCUCGACGACGGGUGGACCCGGUGGGAGUGAUGGAUGAGCGGUGGCAGGACAGCAAGUGCUUGUGGUAGCGUAGAGUGG